GCUCAACUCCCUAAUCGGGAGAGAAAAGAGAGACAGUAGUCUCGUCGCCGGAUUAUUUUCCAGUAGGGAGACAGAGCAGCCAUGAAAUACAACCCGCGUGUCUCGAGCUCCCGGCGCAAGUGCCGAAAGGCGCACUUCACCGCCCCGUCUAGCGUGCGGCGGGUUCUGAUGAGCUCCCCAUUAUCGGCCGACCUGAGGAACAAGUACAGCGUGCGGUCCGUGCCGGUGAGGAAGGACGACGAAGUGCUGGUGGUUCGCGGAACCUACAAGGGCCGGGAAGGCAAGGUGGUUCAGGUGUACCGUCGCAAAUGGGUCAUCCACAUCGAGCGCAUCACGCGAGAGAAGGUUAAUGGGUCCACCGUUAACGUUGGCAUCAACCCCUCCAAGGUCGUCAUCACCAAGCUCAAGCUCGACAAGGAUCGGAAGUCCCUACUCGAUCGUAAGGCUAAGGGCCGCGCUGCCGAUAAAGCUAAGGGCAAGUUCACCGCCGAAGACGUCGCUGCUGCCGCUGCACCAUCCCUUCAAGAAAUCGACUAGGUUGAUCUUGAUUAAUCUACACCACUUUUGCCUUUUGCCUUCUUUUUGUUUGUUUGAUAUUACUGGUAUUAAUUUAGCAAGUAAAUUAGUAAUUUUUAGCGUUGUCCGUCAAUUUAGAGGUAAACUAGUACCUAUACAUUUUCCUUGUUUGCGCUUUAAAUUGGCAAGUUUUGUGUCUUACUCUUUGAUCAAGUGGAUUACCUAAUUACUAAAUUUUUCCCAUUGAAUUUUAUAUGAAUCGAUGGAAAAUUAUAAUA